CUUUCAGGUAUUAUCGCCUCGCUCGUUCUCAUCUCUUCCAAACUUCUUCUGUCUUUCUGAACUUCCUCCCCUCGAACGUUCUGUCCUCCCUCCGGACCACGUCGCGCCCGGAGUGUGGUGUCCGUAUCCGACGGGGGCUUUUUGAGUCUCGCGCUAAAACUGUGGGUUUUCUGAGUUUCUUCAUGUAAAAACGCCACAGAACGAGUCACUGAGUUGGUUCUUUCUACAGUUGUCGUGCCUUCCAAUAUCUGGCAGCCAACACACUUUUUGCCGCAGGAAAGGGUCGCGCGAGGCUCACACGUUGCGCUCGUUCGACGGCGCGGGCGAGCUGAGGAAUUUCUGUGGAGCUUUCUUGAGUUUUCUGUUCACUGUGUGUCGCUUUCGCGUUCUCCAGAAAAACUCCAGGAGACAGAACACAAAAGAAGAGCAGUGCUUCUUUCAGUUCCCUCCGCAAAAACACACACACAAACGCGCGGUGGCCCUACAGCUCGACGGCGGCUGCGGCUGCGGCUUCUCCUGGAGACUCAAUCUCCUCGUCACUUUCUAGACGAAAGCUCGAGCUGCUGUUUUCUACGAGUCCAGCCGUCAGUGAGAAAAGCGGCGUUGCUCAGGCUUCUUUCUACGAAAGCGUGGAGAAGGGCGGAAGCAACUGUCGGUGAAAUCCCUGCGUGUCUUGCUCCGCACUUCACACAGCGCCUUCCUGGAUAGCUCUGCCUUUCUGUAGAAGAACAACGCCGUUCACCAGAGCUUCCUAAAGUUAUCUGCUUGGUCAGGUUGCCCGUGAACUCUUUUUCUCAAACUCCGCCUCUGCCUAGCUGCUGCACAAGGUGGAUAACAAGAGCGGAACAACCUGCUGGAUCGCGAAAAAGGGCAAGGGACGACCGCAGGGGUCCAUCUGCAUGAAACGCAAAUCGAAUGAGACACUGCGGUUCCGAGGGUCGUGAGUAAGACUCUAUUGAACUCCAGUUCUUGUGAGGGCAGGCAACCCAGUUCUUUGCGACCGCUGGUCACCGCCAGCUCACUGCAGUGCAGGAGACAGUUCAAUGUGGUGGAUUUCAGUUCCUGCGACGAGCAGGUUCCGUGAAUGCAUGCGUAUUUGCACUUUCACGUGCAUGCAAAGGUGCAUAGAAACUGAGGAUGGUGUAUGAGGGACGAACGACGUGAGGUUUCAACGUGGAGCAACACUGAAAGGAAUGCUGCAGAGACAACGGAGGCUCUGUGUCGCCAACAAGAAACGGGAGGUCGUGCGUCUUCCAUUCGUAAAGUGGUUGAGCUGUAAAUGCGAGUUAAAAUGGAAUGUAUAGUCUCGCUUCUAUGCUGCAGUGGAGACACAGUCUCCUCCAAGACGAUCCAGAGUUCAAAACGGCCUCGGCCUCUUCGUCUGCGUCGCUGCUCCACAAACUCAGGUGUUAAUGUGAAGGUGUGAACCUUGCAUGCUUGCAUGUUUCGUUCGUGGUGUAUACAGAAAUAUGUGCACUGUAAGCUUAAAUGUUUGUAAGCGUAUGUGUUCAUGUGGUUAUACAUAUAUAUAUAUAUAUGUAAAUGUCUUGCAUAGAUGUAUCUGUGUGCUUGUGUUGCGUGCAUGUAUGUAUCUGAGUAAGUAUAUGUGUAUGUAUGUUUAUAUGUGCUUGUGUAUACGUGCCUAUAUAUGCAUGUGUGUGUGCAGAUGUGCGCGCACUGUUGUUCUGUCUGCAUGCGAGGGUAGUCUGUGUCUUUAUUUGCUGUGUUUUGAUGUGUGAGGCGAAAAGGGGAAGGGAGGUCUCGAUGUCGAGCGUGACAGAUGGUGCUUUGUAACAAAGUUCUUUACAGAGGCGCUGGCAGCUCGCACCUCUCAGGCUUUCGAACAGACAUGCAUGCAUCGUACACGUCAAUUCGUUUGUAGGUGGAGAAGCAGGUGUUUCCACUUCUGUGUCCAUUUGAACUCCGUCAGCGCGUCCUGGGUGGAUAAGGAGGCUGAGAGACGGAUAAAGCAGCAGGGCAGGGAGAAAAGAGAAUUGGCUUCUUUGUUCCAAAUAUCCAAGAUCAAUGAUAAGACCUCGAGACGUAAAUCCAGUGUUUUGUCUGGCCGUCCAAAUUGACUUUCUCGUUCACUUUCUGAAGGAGCUUGCUUGGUGUGCGAGCUUCUGUGGCCGCUGUCCACGUUCCAGUGUCGGUACACCUGGUCACUCACACGCACCUCCGGUGUACGUGCAGAUCGGAGAGCCAAACGGAGACUUUCGUGUUUUGGGUGGCUUUCGUUUCUCACAGUUCUGAGGGAAAACCAACGUGCGUUUUCAGUCUCCGCCCUUCUCGCUGCAACGUCGCAACGCAGAGUGUACAUACACCUUGCUCAAGCCUGUGAGUAGUGCCUGUCUCUCGGGUGGAGGGUCUCUCGUCUUGGUUCGCUGAGAGAUCCUCGCGACGGUUUUCCGGUUUUUCGUAGUGCGUUCCUCCAGGAGUCUGUUCAGCGUGCUUUUUUUUUUGAUCUUGUGUUGUAAGCAGAACUGAAAGUACAUUUCCUCCCUCAGGUUUGAUACACCUUGUGCACAGCAAGCUAUACAUGCAAACAUAUAGUUAUAUAUACUUUUGUGUGUAUAUUCCUACGUUUGGAUCCAAAACUGUGGGGCAUGCAUGAACAACCUUGUGCAUUUGAGUAUGUGUGUGUACAUACAAGACGAGCGAGCUGGUGGCGCAAGCAGUUUUCACCAUCUGUAGAGUGAAGGCAUGUUCUUGUGUACACGCUGGAGGUCACUGGUGCGGUGGUUUCUCGACAACGAGGAAGAAGAGUUGCUCUCGCGAAGAAGGUAAAUGCAACACGCGUCCGUACACCUGAGAGGUGCCAUACCCGAGUUCGGAAAGGGGCUGUCAACGCACAUGGAUAUGCGUAGAUUCAGCAAGAGACUCACUACGGAAGAGAGAGAAUUUGGGCGCCGAGACGAAGAAGUUCUAUUGGAAGAGUUUUUUGGCUGGGAUGAUUUUUCGAUCGAAGACGGCUGUGCCUUUCGUCUGCGAAUUUCAUUUUAUAAAAACGUGAAUCAGCGUGUCCACUGGGGAGGCAUGUGAAUGGACAGGUUUUCUUCUGAGGCCGAGAAGAGAGCCGAUUCUGUCUAGUUGAGUCGAGGAACGAGCGGAGAAAACGCUGGAAAGAGGCACGCGCCCGGAUGUACAGACACCUGAAGGUUAUGUGUGACCGCCAGACAACGCUUACAUGUUUGAAAACAUUUGUAUUUGCGUGAAUGUGUGUGCAUGUUUCUUCGAUUAACAAGCAUCUGGACUAGUACGCUCGUAUUUAUGUGCAUCAAUUUCCAGGUUCUUGUGAGACAAACGAGAGACCACGGGCCUCUGGUCGCGUUCGUCUCCCAGGGUGGAAGCGCAUGUUCAGUCUGGCAGUCCCCUUUUGUCGCAUGCGACUCGGACGCAUGUGUCUUCUUCGUGACUUCAAGAUCGCACAGACGCGCCGGAUACUUUCACCUGUGACCACCGACAUCCAUACACGAAACGUAUGUCUUCUGCGUGCAUAUACAUGCAAGAACGUGUAUGUACAUGCGUAUGCAUUUGUGUGUGUAUGCAUGCAUGUGUAUGGGAGAGUAGGAAGCCAGGCGGUGUGUGACUGGGGGGCACCUGUGUGUAGGCUCGUUUGACUCCGUGCUUCUUCUCCCUUCCUCAUUCUUGGGCGAGGAAUGGCUCACGGUUUUUUCCGGUGACAGGGCUCGUUUCUCUGCAAGAGGCUGAAACGAGGAAGCCGCUUGCACCUGAAUUUUCACGUGUAUUUCCCAGAAGUGUGGACGGGAUCCUCCUUGUUUUCUCGGCACCGAAGAGUCUUUGAUGCCGGGCGGGUGCUUGACAGACCUGCCGGCGAUUACAGGAAAGUCGACGUGUCUCUGUUUUUUAGAGUUCCUCUUGCACAGGCGAACGUUAGGCUAACCUUUGGCUCUCUCCUUCCACCGCGGUCGUUUUGUUGUGGUCGUGGAAAGAGAAACGCGAGACCAACGAUUCAUCGCGGAGGGUGCAACAGAAGAGUCGACUCGGGAGGCGGGAGGUGUACAUACACUGCAUUUCUCGAGGCCAAAUAUUUCUCGUGAAAUCCAUUGUUCCACUUUUGGAGUCUGAAGGGUGUACCUUUCGUGGUCAAGCCCCCCUCUGUUUCGCAUUUCGCGAAAGGUCUGAGACAAUCCGUGGGGAGGGAAAGGAUUUUUGUGUCUAGUUUUCCUCGUCUCCAAUCCCUUUUUCUGUUGGGGUCGGGAGAGAAGAAGAGCACAAUAGGGUGCUCCCUUAAACAGUGAAUGAAGACCGCAGAUCUGUCGCGCAUACUCAGAUGUGAACCGCCAUCUGUCUACAAAUCCUCAUUUGCCCGAUAUCCUCUCUAUAUACACGUAGCUGUGCAUACUUUGAAUCGAACAUUACCUAUAUGCGCGUAUGUGUACAUGUCUGCAUAUUUGUGUGAAAGCGUUUUGAGGACGAACGGUAGUGACCCUGUCGUUUGCAGUCACCCUCUCCGUCUGGUUCCUUCCUCUCGCUGAAGGCGCUUCGAGAAGGAGCGUUUCUCGCGUGAGGUCGGGGACUGUGGGGUAACAUACUUUCUGGAAAAAGUUCCAGUUUUUUUCGCGUUCGACCACGGACUUCUGUGGGAGACGGGGAGGCGAGCGACGACUGACAACAGUGGUCUACCUGAUUCCUCUUCCCAGUUGGGACGGAGACGUUCCUCGAGGCCUACAACCGCGCCCUCCGUGACUCGGAGAGAAGAAACGUGUGAAGCUUCUCCAGAGAAGCUUGCUCUUCGAAGCACACAGAAAGGAGAACGAGACGAGGAGGAGAGGAUAGAGAAGAUACAGAAGAGAACGAGAAGAAGAUACAGCAGAAGAGGAGACGAAGAGAAGGAGGAUACGAGAGAGAGGAAGACAAGACGAAACCCAGCUUGGAGCGAGAAGAUGGAGCUUGUUGUCGGGAAGCGAACUGCGAGAAAGUCGAAGAUGGCAGCAGCGACGACGAUCUCGGGAGGGGUGGCGAAUCGCUCUGCCUGUCCAAAAGACGUUGCCCUGACGCAUAGAGAACAAUCUCUCUGCUCCCUCCGCCCGCCGUCCCCCGUGACAGCUGCGUCUUCGCAGCAUUCUCUCCACUCGACAUCCACCGAAGCCUCUUCAGAUCCUCCGAGCCAGCGUCGGAGACGCGGAGACGCGAGGCAACGCAAGGCUGAGACUUCCAGAGAGGAGCCACUGGGGACCCACCUCCCCUCAGACGAGACGCGUUUGGGGAAGGACAAGAAGAAGGAGAAGAGAGAGGAGGAGCAGAGACAGGGAGAGAGACAGCUGGCAAUCGAGGCAUGUGGGGUCGGAGGCGCGCCGACUCCAGAGCCUCACAGAGCCAAGAGAAGAGAGCAGAAGGGAGAGAAAAGGGGGAAGAAGGCGAGAGACACUGCAGCGAAGAGAAAAGAGAGAGAAGCGUUCGCGUCGUGCUCUCUGGAGGCGAAGGAGGUAUCUGUGUCGACACACUCGCAAGCUAUUCUCGCUGUCUCUGAGGGCGGGUCUUCUCGUGGGGGUUUGAUCGCUUCGGACGUCUCUGCCGGCUCGAGGGCGCCGCUCCUGCCUUCUGUCUCCUUUGUCUCCCGCAGGUCUUGUGAGGCUGCGAAAGUGUCUUUGGCAGCAAGAAACGAGUGCGUGCAGCCUUGCAACAAAGCAGAGACAAACGGAGACAGUCCGUAUCGAGUGGCAGGAGACACGCCCUUUUUGCGUUUGUUGGCUCUGCUCCAGAAACCUGCGUCUUCAAACGGUGUGGGAAGAGCCGCUUCACAGGCCUCACCGGGUGUAUGUACAGCGCAGACGGCUUCGGACGCCGAUCGCGGAGUUGCUCGCGAGGCGGGAGGAACAAUGAGUCAGACGCAGGUCCCACUGCAUGCAAGGAAACUGUGCGAAAGGGACGACAUGACGACGGAGGAAAGACACCGAGAACAGGGAAGAAGUCUGCUUGCACUUCUCAAGCGACAAGGAGACAGGAUUUCUUAUGCGCGUGACCAGUCUUCGAGUCUCAGUUCUUGUUCUUCUGAUUCACAGUCUUCUUCUCUCUCGUCCGUUCUCUCUCCUUCGUCUUCUUUCCCGUCGUCUUCGCCUUCGUUCCUUUGUUCUGUCUCUUCAUCUGCUCAAAGUCCAGCAGAGGCAUCUACGACAAGAAAGGAGACAAGUCAAGGGCGGCGAGGCAGGAGGACUGGCAAGAAAGUUAACCAAGACGGCGGGGAACCGACAUGUCAGAAAGUCUAUUCCGACGGUUCUUCCACGAAGCCUGUGUCGAAGAGGAAUGGUGGUCGUUUCCCCGUGUCUCCGAUCAACAGCACGGCCUCUGCUGCUACUCCUCUUUCUUUCUGUUCUUCCUCUGCGUCUUCUGUUUUUUUCUCUUCUUGUCGGCCGAAGGGGAGGACGGAGGAUGGAGAAUUACCGUUCCAGUUUUCAAGUGAGAAAAGUGACAAGGCACUUUCGCCUCUUCCUCCACAGACUUCAACGAAGCUCUCACCCCACGAGGUUCGUCAAGACACUCUCGCUGCUUCGUCGCUCUCCGUCUCCUCGUCCUCUCGCUUUUCCCCCCUCGCUCCUUCUUCUUCGUCUUCUUCGUUCUCUUCGUCUUUUUCCUCUUCUGCUUUCGCUCUGUCGCCGUUGGGCUUGAAGGGAACGUUCGCGCUCCCGGCCUUCAUGCGAUCCCCAGAUCCGUCGAAAGUUCGUAUGCCAUGUGCGUUUUUGAGUCGAGCUGGAAGGCAGUCCGAGAGGGGAAGCAGAGAGAGGGUCGGAGCGAGCGGCGACGGCCCAGAAGAGCCUGUGAGCCAAAGAAUGGCCUUCGCACUCGCGUGAAGGAAGAAGAAGGAGUGGGAGAAGGAGAGUUCAGCAGGCAGGGAGGGAAAGGAUGCAAGAGAAAGAGAAAAUUAGAGACGAGCUGAGAGGAGGAGGAGGAAGAAGAAAAGUCGAGGUACAAGAGAGGACAUCAAGGAGGAAAAGAGAGGAAACACACAGAAGGAGUAGUAGAAACGUCUGGAGGAGAGGAAAGCAAAGCAGAGCGAAACCGACAGAGAGAAGAAGUCAAGGCCGAAGAGAGAAGAAAAGAUGACAGAGGAGCGACGAAGACAGAGAGGAAACGAGAAGUUGAAGGAGAGACGAGAAAAGAGAGGAGACCCCAGAAGAAGAGAGAAGAUGGGAGAAUACGAGUGGAGAUCGAAGAAAGAAAAGGACGUACUGAUGAAGGGAAACGAACACAAAGGAGAGAGAGGAUGAAAGAGAGAAGUGAGAGGAGAAUGGAAAGACCGAGGCUCAAGCGAAGGUUGGGGAGAGAGACAAGGAAAUAGAAGAAACAGCACGACCGAGCUAUAAGAAGAGACAUUUUGAGAAACACUGAAGACGACAGACAGAGACGUGAGAGCGCAGAACCGAACAAGCAGCAAAGAACAUGCAUUUCGCCUCAGACACGCUCAUGAGAAGGCUGCUCUCUCACAUACGCACGCAUAUAUAUAUAUAUAUAUAUAUAUAUGUCUGUAUUUAAACAUUCAUGUAGAAAAAUACAUGUAUGUACGUAUAUGUGGGCGUGAUUUGUUCUUCGUGAUUGCAUGUUCAAAUAUGUCUGGCGCAAGUCUGGGGUCCGGCGUCGCGGAGACGAGGCAUUUCCGAUUUUUCGAAAUGGUAUUUUUCGCUGAAGAAGUGCCUAGACACCCUCGCGCCUGCACCCUCUGUCUUCGACCGUCAUUUUUCUUCUGUCGCUGGGCCGUGUGCUGCGUUCUUCCACUUUUUACGUUCUCCCCUUCUGAAGAUGCCAGCUUUUUUGAGGACUGUGCGCCUUCGACCUCGGGAUUCACGGAUUUCCAGGAAAAAGUAAAAAACAAUGCCGGAAGCUGUUGUGGCUUGCAGCACCCCAAAUCCCCAUCCUACUGCUUCUUCUGUCAGUAGAUGUUGAACGCUAGCG